AGAUUUAGAGAGAGAGAGAGAGUUGCAACAAUGGCGGGGGAGGGAGAGGUGGUGAGGGGGAACAAGAAGGUGGUGUUGAGGGGGUACGUGACCGGGUCCCCCAAGGAGAGCGACAUGGAGGUGGUGACCUCCUCCACCGUCCGAUUGACGGUCCCCGAGGGAUCCACGGCCGUGAUCCUCAAGAACCUAUACCUCUCCUGCGAUCCCUACAUGCGGCUCCGCAUGACCAAGCACGACGAGAAGAACCCUAACUUUGUCCCCGACUUAGUCCCCGGCGAGGUUAUAACUGGUUAUGGUGUGAGCAAAGUCGUAGAUUCCGGUCAUCCGGACUACAAGCCGGGCAAUCUUGUGUGGGGAUCUGGAAUUGGAUGGGAAGAGUACAGUGUCAUAACAAAUCCGCAGGGCCUUUUGAAGAUCAACCAUCCUGAAGUACCACUAUCCUAUUAUACAGGCCUUUUAGGAACUCCAGGUCUUACUGCGUACGUUGGAUUCUAUGAGGUGUCCUCGCCGAAGAAAGGAGAAUAUGUUUUUGUGUCAGCUGCAUCGGGCGCCGUUGGCCAGCUUGUUGGGCAAUUCGCCAAGCUUUUGGGCUGUUAUGUGGUUGGAAGCGCGGGUUCUGAUGAGAAGGUUAAUCUUUUGAAGAGCAAGUUCGGUUUCGACAAUGCUUUUAAUUACAAAAAGGAGCAGGACUUGAAUGCAGCAUUGAAAAGGUGCUUUCCUGAGGGCAUCGACAUCUACUUCGAGAACGUAGGGGGAGCGAUGCUGGACGCGGUUCUUCUUAACAUGAGGGCGCACGGCAGAAUUGCAGUUUGCGGGAUGAUCUCCCAAUACAAUCUCCAGAAACACGAGGGCGUGCACAACCUAAUGCUAACCAUCCAAAAGCGCAUCAGAAUUGAAGGAUUCGCCGUGUUGGACUACGGCUCCAGCUAUGGAAAGUUUGAGCAGAUGGUCCUUCGGGAUCUGAAGGAGGGAAAGAUCACUUAUGUGGAGGAUGUUGCUGAAGGACUCGAGAACGGCCCCGCGGCGCUGGUCGGGCUCUUCGCGGGGCGCAACGUGGGCAAACAGUUAGUUGUCGUCGCUCGAGAGUAAAUUGCAUGUGCGAGAGUAAAAUUUAGGUUGAAUUCCGUAUGCCGUGAUUUCGCAGCUCAGCUAUCUGUAUAAUGUUAUAAUGAUGAAUAUAUAGAGCAAAAAUGUCUCAUACA